AUGCACCGGUCGGGCACGUUCCCCGUCUCCACGCUCGACGGCGACGGCGACGUGAGCCCCCCCCGCGACUUUCCGCGCAACUUCCCCCGCAGCCACAGCAGCGCCGUCCCCGCCGCCCUCCGCGCGGCGUACGACUCGCUCGACUCCGACGACCCCUUCCGCCACGCCGCCACCCCCCCCGCGUCACUCCCACGCCACCGCCACCACUCCCCGCGCCACGCGCACCCCCACCACCAGCAGCAGCACGGCGUGAGCGCCCCGCGCCACGUGUUGUACCAGGCGGGGCCCACCUCGUCGCUCCGCCCGCACAGCCAUGGCCUGCGCGACGACGGAGGAGGGGGAGCGGCGCGUUUCGCGCAGGACGCGCAGCACCAGCGCUCCCUCGCCGCGGGGCUGAGCCUUUCGCCGCACAGCCUCUCCCCCCAUGGGCUCUCCCCGCAUGGCCUCUCCCCGCACGACAGCGGGCUUGGCGGAGGCCCGCUGGGGGACUUUUUCGACGAGGGCGCGGAGGAUGCGCGGGGCGGCUUAGGGGGGCACGCGCAGCUGGCGGGGCGGGAUGUGGGGCAUCUGCACGCGGGGAGCCUGGCGCUGGACGCGGAGAGGGGGGGAUUCGGGGCGCUGGGGGAAGGCGGAAGGCGCCAUGAGGGCCGGGGCAGGCUGGGGGAAGGCUUGGUCAUGGGGAGCUCGUUUGAAGGGGGGGCGCGCGGGGUGCAGGGGAGCGUGAGCGGAGGGAUGGGAGGGCGCGGCGGUAUGGGCGCGAGCAGGACUGGCGUUGGCGGGGGCGGCAGGGUGUGGGCGCGCACGCUGAGCCACCAGGCGGCGGACCUGAGCAGCAGCAGCAGCAGUGGGGCGGGCGGCGGGCGGCACCUGUUGGGCGCGCAAUGGCUGGGCCUGGACCGCACUUCGUCAGGGUUUGAUGACACCGACAUGCUCGCCACCAGUGCCGUGCUGCCACGUGUCAACAGCCUGGCAGUGAACGGCAGUGGCCUGUUUGACUCGGACGACCUGCUGGACCUGCGCCACGGUGGCGUGGGGCUGGGGCGGGAUGGCGCAGGGCUGGAGGGGGCGCGGGAGAGGGGCGCGGACAUGGAGAGUGCGUUGGGCAUGGGGGGGGCGCUUGGGCUCGCCAGGCCGUACGGGCGGGAGAAUGGGGGUGCGGGGGCGGGCGGCGAGGGCAUCAACCUGAAGCGCGUGCUGCGGCUGGGCGAGGCGGCGCGCAGCAAUGAUGCGGACCUCGUGCACGCCAUCCUGCAGGACGCGCCCUCGCGCACGCCCCUGCUCUCCGCCCUCCACCCCGCGACGGGGCGCACGGUGCUGCACGAGGCGGUGGUGGCGGGCAGUGUGGACGCCGCAGCAGUGCUGCUCGACUGGGGGGCCGACCCCCAUGGGGGCCCCGCCGCUCAGCACGACGGCUUUUCACCGCCGCUGCUGUGGGCGGUGCAGGCGGGCAGUGAGGAGCUGGUGCGGCUGCUGCUCACCAACGGCGCCGACAUCAACGCCACCGACGCCCACCGCUGCUCCGCGCUGCACUACGCUUGCAGCACCGGCCACAGGGGGAUAAUAAAGCUGCUGCUGGUGGCGGGCGCCAACAUGUAUGCGCGCAACAGCGACGGGCUCGUGGCGCAGCAGCUCACCUCCUCCGACCGCAUCCGAGCGCUCUUCCGCAAGCUGCACGAGUACCACGUGCGCUGCACUGGGGGGGCCGGGGCUGAUACGGACCACAUGGGCAGCAAGAGCGGCGGCAGUGGCGGCGGGGAGGGGGGCGGGCUGCACUGGGAGGCCGGCCUGGACGACACUGCCGCCUCCGCCCACACACGCCUGCCAGGGGGGGCCCUGGGGCACAGGGAGGGCGGGCGGGCGAGGCGCGAGGGGCAGGGUGGUGCAUCGGGUGCGCGCGGGGCGGAUGCCUUCCCGCUCUCUGCCUCCGUGGCAGCGCCGCCAUCACGCGCGGACUGGCUGCUGCCCAAGAAUCGCACCAUGAGCUUCCAGAGCCCCUCCCGCGACCCACGCCCCACCCACCCAUCGCCCUCCGCGUCCAUCUCGCCCCUGGCCGCGCACCCCACCUCCCUGCCCGCGCGCUCCAUGUCCUUCCGCAGCCCCUCGCGCGACCGCCUGCGCCCCGCCGCCCACCACCACGCCGCGCCGCCCUCGUCCUUCUCGUCUGCUGCCGCCCAGCCCGUGGGGCUGCCGGCGCGCACCAUGAGCUUCCGCAGCCCCACUCGCAGCCACGCGGUGCCGGGGCAGCGCGCGCGCAGCCCCACCCCCGUGGAGGGCCAAGAGCAGCUGUUCACGGCGGCGUGGGAGAGCGCCCGCCGCGCCGCCAGCUCUGACAGCCCCGCCGCGUCCCCCGCCCUCUCGUCCUCGCCCCUGCCGUCCUCGCGCUCCUCUGCCUCCCCCACCCGCCACGGCGCUGAGGCCGACGGCGCUCCUGGCAGGAUCGUGGGUGCAGGCGGUGUGGGGGCGACGGGUGGGUUCAGGGGCGGGACUGGAGGGGGAGGGAUGGGGGCUGCAGGGAGGAGGGUUGGCGGCAGCCUGGGUGGGCGCGCACUGGACGGCGCUGCUGACAGGGCCGUGGCGGCGGGGGCAGCGGCAGGCAGGCGGCAUGGGGGCAGUGGCGAGGGGGGCGAGGGAGGGGGCAGAGGGGUGGGAGGGAGGGCAGCGGGGAGAGGGGCAGGAGGAUUGGGAGGGGGACUGGGGCCGGGGCAUGGCGAAGUGAUGUCAGAUGUGGAAGGCGGUGCAGUGCGGUUGCGGCGGGCGCGAGUACCGGGGAGCAGCAGUGUGGGAGGCAUGUUGAGCGACGGCGGCGGUGCAGGCGAGUCACGGCUGGGCCGGGCGGCUGGCAGGGGCGCUGGUGCCGCCGCCAGGGGGGGUGGGGGGGGGAGGGGUGGGGCGGAGGGGCGAGGGAGAGGGGCGGAGGGUGGGGGUCGGCGGGGAGGGAUGGUGCGCACACAGUCUCUGAGCGCGCAGGCCAUGAGUGCAGGCGAUGCGGUGGAGCGCGGUGGCAUGGGUGGUGAGGGCGCUCGCGGUGGUGGCGGCAGGGAGGUGGUGACGGACGACGAGAGCACGCACGCCGCCAGGGGCCCUCGCCCCGUUCCCCCCUCCCUGCGCCGCCUCGGCUCCGGUGUCCCGGGUGGUGGUGGGGAGGCCUCGGGGCGAGCGGAGGGUGCCUCGCCAGCACCAGCUGCGGGUGGAGCAAUGGCAGGGGCAGGGGCAGGGGCAGGGGCAGGGGCAGGGGCAGGGGCAGGGGCAGGGGCAGGGGCAGGGGCAGGGGCAGGGGCAGCUGGGAGGGGCAAAGGGGAGAGACCUGGCAGUGCAGGAGGGAGGGCAGAGAGGCCCGGCAGUGCCGGAGGCAAGCGAGAGAGGGGUGGCAGCACAGGUGGCGCUGCUGGGCGCGCUGCUGCUCCCACUGCUGCACCUGCUGCUGCUGCAGGCAGUGGCGCUGGCAGUAGUAGUGGUAGUGGCGGUGCUUCUGGUGCUGCUGCCUCGAGUGCAGGCGUUGAGGGCAGUGGCACAGCUGCUGCUGCGGGCGCGUCUCCGUGUUCCUCCCAAGCUGCUCAUCCUGCUUGCGCCGGGCCACCCGCUCGUGCACGCAAGUCAGUCAAGUUCUCACUGCCCGCUCAUGGCAACACACAGCCCAGCCACACUGCACACGCGGAGUGUUCAAGUGCAGGGAAUGCGGUGGAGAGGAGUGGGAGUGGGGAUGAGGCACGUGGGGGAGAGCAGGGAUGGGGGGACGCAUCAGCAGAGGGAAAGGAAGGGAGGGGCGGGGAGGUGGAGAAGAAGGGAGCAGUGCGACCGCCGCUGUCUCCGAAGCCACUGGAGAAGCAUGAGGGCGGCGAUGCACAGCCUGGGCAUGUGGACGGGAGUGCAGACGAAGCAUCCAGUGCGGGCACAGGGGAAGCAGCUGCUGCGUCGCCUGUUGCCCCCAAAAGCACGGACCCCUCUGCCUCUCCCAAGGUCGCCGCUCCCAAUGCUCCAAUCACCCCUUCCGCCGCCACCCCAUCCCCCUUCACCCCCACCACUGCCUCUGCUGCGGAUGGUGGGGAGGCGGCAUGUGGAGCGGUGUCGCUCAAGUGGAAGAAGGGCGAGAUGCUGGGCGAAGGUGCUUACGGCAAGGUGCGUGCAUAUGGCAAGGUGAGUGCAUAUGGCAAGGUGAGUGCAUAUGGCAAGGUGAGUGCAUAUGGCAAGGUGAGUGCAUAUGGCAAGGUGAGUGCAUAUGGCAAGGUGAGUGCAUAUGGCAAGGUGAGUGCAUAUGGCAAGGUGAGUGCAUAUGUCAAGGUGAGAGCAUAUGGCAAGGUGAGUGCAUAUGGCAAGGUGAGUGCAUAUGGCAAGGUGAGUGCAUAUGGCAAGGUGAGUGCAUAUGGCAAGGUGAGUGCAUACGGCAAGGUGAGUGCAUACGGCAAGGUGAGUGCAUAUGGCAAGGUGAGUGCAUAUGGCAAGGUGCGUGCAUACGGCAAGGUGAGUGCAUAUGGCAAGGUGAGUGCAUAUGGCAAGGUGAGUGCAUAUGGCAAGGUGAGUGCAUACGGCAAGGUGAGUGCAUACGGCAAGGUGAGUGCAUAUGGCAAGGUGAGUGCAUAUGGCAAGGUGAGUGCAUACGGCAAGGUGAGUGCAUGUGGCAAGGUGCGUGCAUGUGGCAAGGUGAGUGCAUACGGCAAGGUGAGUGCAUACGGCAAGGUGCGUGCAUAUGGCAAGGUGAGUGCAUAUGGCAAGGUGCGUGCAUAUGGCAAGGUGAGUGCAUAUGGCAAGGUGAGUGCAUAUGGCAAGGUGCGUGCAUAUGGCAAGGUGAGUGCAUAUGGCAAGGUGCGUGCAUAUGGCAAGGUGAGUGCAUAUGGCAAGGUGAGUGCAUAUGGCAAGGUGAGUGCAUAUGGCAAGGUGAGUGCAUAUGGCAAGGUGAGUGCAUAUGGCAAGGUGAGUGCAUAUGGCAAGGUGAGUGCAUAUGGCAAGGUGAGUGCAUAUGGCAAGGUGUUCCUGGGGUUGAACGAGAUGACGGGGGAGCUGAUGGCGGUGAAGGAGAUCAAGAUGACCACGCAGGGCGACGAGAAGGCGAUGCUCAUCGCGGCGUUGGAGCGCGAGAUCGUGCUGUACAAGAAGAUGCGGCACCGCCACAUCGUGGGGUACAUCGACAUGGAGAAGCAUGAGGCCGACGGCUCCAUCUAUAUCUUCCUUGAAUUCGUCUCUGGCGGCUCCAUCCACAGGUGGGCUGCAUCCACAGGUGGGCUGCAUCCACAGGUGGGCUGCAUCCACAGGUGGGCUGCAUCCACAGGUGGGCUGCAUCCACAGGUGGGCUGCAUCCACAGGUGGGCUGCAUCCACAGCUCUUGCCACUUCCUCUCGCUUCUUACCCCUCAUCCCUGUACUCUACCCUUCCCCUCCCCACUCUUCUCCCAAUGCCUCUCCUGCCCUCCGUGUCCCCCCCGGCAGCAUGUUGGAGAAGUUUGGGGCGUUCAGCGAGUCGCUGGUGCGGGUGUACACGCGGCAGCUGCUGCUGGGGCUGGAGUACCUGCAUGCGUGCCGCAUCGUGCACCGCGACAUCAAGGGCGGCAACGUGCUCGUCGACCGCGACGGCGUCAUCAAGCUCGCCGACUUCGGCGCCUCCAAGAGUUUCCACGAGGGCACGGUGGGCGAGGGGUGCAAGUCGAUGCGCGGGUCGGUGUUCUGGAUGGCGCCCGAGGUCAUCAAGGGCGAGGGGUACGGCCGCCGCGCUGACAUCUGGAGCGUUGGCUGCACCGUCAUCGAGAUGCUCACAGGGCGGCACCCAUGGCCGGGCAUGGACAACACGUGGUCGGCCAUCUUCCACAUCGCCAAGACCACCACGGGCCCGCCCAUACCUGAGGGUGUGUCCGCCGAGGCUGCUGACUUCCUCACCGCCUGCUUCCAGCUCGACCCCAACCAGCGCCCCUCCGCCUCCGAUCUGCUCACACUGCCAUUCGUGCAGGUGCCCGACACGCCCAGGGAUGCCCGCUUCGCUGCCUUCGUCGCCCCCUAG